CGAGUCGCCGCGUGUCAUAUUAUAAGGAUACAACGAACAAAAACUUGCAGUUUGCUGCACGGCCGGUACGACGUUAAAAGCUGAAAAAGAAAACAUGCAAGCCCACCCCUCUUAUCUGACACAUCCAUUAUGCAUCCCAGGCCGCGGUGACGCGGCACCUCGUCUACAUCGUCACAGUUGUUUGUCGUACGGAGCGGUAUAGACGUUUUGUUUUGUGUUGUGAUUUCGUGUCAAAAUUUUUGUGUUAAAAUGGAAAAAAGGAAGCGUAAUAGCAAGAAAGUGGAGAAGUUGUUGAAGAAAUUACGUCAGGAGUUGGUAGACAGCACGUCUGAUAGUUCAAGCAUAGAAAGCUCUUCUGAGGGUGCUGAUAGCUCGCCUGAAGAUUCGUUUGGUGAGACGGGCAUGGAGCACAACACCCAGAGAGACCUUGAGGAGCAGUCUGAACCUGGGCCCUCAGGUGUUAAACAGUUUUUGCUUCAAGAUCCCUUGGGUACGGUUGCAAAAGGACCUUCUGUUAACACUGAGACUGCUGAGUAUUGGAAAAACGACUGGAGACGUUCAAGAACUCCAGCAAGAUACAGAAGUAUCAGAGCCAGAGAAUGAGGAAAUAGAGGUACAAUAUGCAUGUAGGGUGUCAAA